GGAAGUAAAAUACCCGAAAGCAAACGUGUAGCUUGACGCAGUUAGUGUUAAUUAUUUUAAUAACAACACGGUUUGUUCUUUAUUCUAUACAUAGUUUGUUUUGUAGCGUGAGCAUCAGUAUUUGUUGGUGUCCGCAUGCAUAAAGUGGCCUCAUUGCACUUUAAAGCUUCUCAAGUUGGAUUUAGCUUGCUAGCUGCUAACAAAGACGUGUUUUUUUUUAUUUUAAUUAUUAUUAUUAUUAUUUAUUUAUUUUUAGAAACACAAGAUUGAGAGUAAAGUAUUGUUGAUUAUCAAGUGAAAAUGUGUAAGGUAGACAUGCUGAGGGCCUUGCUGAAUCAGCGACUAGGUGCGGCCGUCGAAGAAAUCGUUGUCGUGUUGGGAAGGACGAUAGCAGAGUACGAGGAGGAACUUUGUCGUCAACGUCAACUUCUGGAUGCCGUUUUCAAGAACCCGCAAAUUGCGCUGCAAAGAGAAAACAUCAGUGAAGAAGAUCGUUAUCCUGAGCAGCAGGAGUGGCGCUCCGUGGUGGAGCAGCACGUGAAGGAGGAGGAACUUGAGCCGCCCCACAUGAGCAAGGAAGAGGAGCCACAGGCCCCCAACAUUAAAGAAGAGGUGGAGGAGGAAGAGCCCUCCUGUAUUAAUGAGGACGAUAACACCAGGUUGCCAUUGGCUGGUGUCCCUGUGAAGAAUGAAGCUGAAGGCCAAAGUGGGAAAGAGGAUCGGAUUUUAGCAUCGCCGUCACGUCGCGAUGACAUAACGUCACACUCUACUAACACUGAUGAUGAUGAACACUCAAAAGGUGUUGUGGCACAGACACGGUGUCAAUGUUCUCAGUGUGACGACACAUUUGUCAGCGGGUCGGCUUUGAAAGCGCACAUGGUGAUCCACACGGGACAGGAACUGCACAUCCUCUCAGCACGUGGACAAAAGUUCCCCAAAAAUGCGAAGAUUAUGACACACGCGAGUGCAGACACUGGAGCGAAGCCGUACGUGUGCUCUGUUUGUGAGAAAGGCUUCGCAAGAAAGGAUUUUUUACUAGCGCACAAAAGAACUCACACUGGGGAGAAGCCGUAUUCCUGCCCAAUCUGCAACGCAUGUUUUGGUCACCGCUCAGGAUUGUUUUAUCACAAGAGAAGCCACACGGGAGAAAAACCUUAUACAUGCUCGGUGUGCAAUAGAGCGUUCAUUCAAAAGAGCUCGUUGACGUCGCACAUGAGAAACCACAGUCAGGAGAAGCCAUUUUACUGCUGCAACACAGCUUUUUGCGACCAGUCGUCAUUAUCCGUACACGUGACAACGCACAGUUUGGACAAAUCUUCCGUACUCGAGAGAACACACGCUUCGAAUUCGAGGAAACCCAUCAAUGCACACCCGGGGCCAAAGGGGUUUUCUUGCUCCUCGUGUGAAGAAACAUUUUCCCGGCACGAAGCUUUGCUGGCGCACACGAGAUUGCACACCGGGGUCAAACCCUUUUGGUGCUCCGUCUGCAACACCAGCUUCAGUUAUCAGUCGUCGCUAAUUAACCACAUUAAGACGCAUUAAAAUUGCAUCAUCAAAGAGUUAAAAUCAUUUUCAACACUAGAUUUGGAAAUAAUUUAAGCCUGUAGCCUAAGCCUACACUCCGGAACAGAAGGUGGCGGUAGAGCACCAGCAUUAAGCUGGCUGCCAGAUGCCGUAAAUAAACAGUAAAAAGAAGAUACCCGAAGGCAAAAGAUCGUACCUCGGCGACCUAAAAUAAGUAUUACUGCGUUCAGAAGCAACGCACUGUGUUUGUAAAUAUAGGUAGCCUAUGUGUGUAUCCGCCGCGGGCUCGUCCUCAUGGCGUACGUUGAACACGUGACAAAUCUCGGACAAUAUUUCCAUCAUUUGUAGUUGAGAAACGCCCCUCCAAAACUUCACAGGUGAGUCAGAUCAAUGUUCGAAUCCAUUUUUGGCUCCACCGCUGCUACUGCCGCAUCUUGAUAUUAUCCAUGAUGUGUAUGGAAACAGAUUUGUGCCAAAAAGAUUCACGCAAAACUUUGUAACUUUUUCCCCGCUUACAGUUUCAAUUCUACGUUCAUGUUUUUUUCGCUGACUUUCAGCACAAACCUCUCAGGUGGGUGGGCUUUAUGAGAAAUGCGUCCUCAUUGGCUAAUUUGUUUUGAGUGACAGCUUCGUAGCCCGGGAUGUUCUGUCUUUGGUUUUAAUAAUUUUUUCCUCUACUGCGCAUGCGUGUGGUUGUGGGAACAAGCACAUGUGCCCAGCACAGCGAGUUUACAAGAGUUCAACAAUUUCCUAAGUGCAAGUAAUGUAUCUCUCAUAUUUGUUGUCAGUGCUGUACAAGGAAGAAGUGAUGUUGUAAUAGUAUGCUAGUAACAUGUUAGAAGCGCACAGCCACAGUUUGUCGACAAUUUAGCAGCUAUUAAACCUGUCGCUGCGAUUCCCAACCUUUAUAGAGCCAGUCACAUAUUUUGCAAUUGUACAAUCGCAGGGCACAACAACGAACAAAAAUGUCACAAAAAGUGGAUCCAUCAAUGUUACAUGAAUAACUAUAUACUCCCUGCCAUCUAAUAGAUGAUUACGAUUAUUGUAGCUUGCUAACUCAUCUAGCUGCCAUAUUCAUCCGUUUAUAUAUACACCACUAUUGUCACUUCCUAAACUUAUCGUGACCUGAGCAUUCUAUUACUGAAUAACAUUAGACACUUAUCACCACUGACCAGUAUGGCUUAAAUAAAGAUGGAAUUCACACGAUUAUUGUUUCGAUGCAGUCCCAGGUAGGCUAAUGAAUUGUAUAUUGUGCAUUGUGCCAACAAGUAACAGUGCUUUGACAUUUUGAAUGCAUUUCAGUGGGGGUGCAAUAAAGCCUUGCAAAAAACACAUAUUGCACUUGUAACUCCAAAGCAAAACAUGCCCAACAUAUCUGAAAGUCAUGGAUGAUGGCAGUUCCAAUUGUUACUUUAAAAGUAACACAAUUUCAGCAACAUCUUACAGAUUAUCAUUUGAAAUCAGACUGUUGCGCUCGCUAUCACACAAUGAUUUGGGUAUGAAUGAAGUUGUACAAUGUAGAAGUUGUGACGAUAAUAUUUACUAUCUGCAGAACAUGUACAAUGUUGGUACUAAACUGGUUAAAUCUUCACUUUCUACCCCUGGAACGGAGGCUACAGCAGCUGUACGGAACAUUAUUUCAAUUCUGAAUCGGUCAUUGGGCAACGCACAAAUUCUGCACUACUUCCAGUGUUUCCUGCAAGAGCUUGAGGGAAAGUGAAACAAUAUCUAGCCUGUCGACUUUAAAAGUAGCCUGUCUUC